AUGGCUCCGUCUCACUUUGACACCCUCCAAUUGCACGCCGGCCAGCCCGUGGAGAAGCCCCACGGCGCCCGGGCACCCCCCAUCUACGCCACUACCUCGUACGUGUUCGACGACUCGAAGCACGGCGCCCAGUUGUUUGGCCUCGAGGUCCCCGGGAUGAUCUACCUGAGAAUCAUGAACCCCACCAACGACGUGUUUGAGCAGAGAAUCGCCGCGUUGGAAGGCGGGGUCGGCGCCCUCGCCACGUCGUCGGGCCAGCUGGCCCAGUUCUUGGCGAUCGCCGGGUUGGCCCACGCUGGCGACAACAUCGUGUCGUCGCUGUACCUCUACGGCGGUACCUACAACCAGUUCAAGGUGGCGUUCAAGCGGUUGGGGAUCACCACCAAGUUCGUCAACAGCGACAACGUCGACGAGAUCGCCGCCGCCAUCGACGACAAGACCAAGGCGGUGUACCUCGAGACCAUCGGCAACCCUAAGUACAACGUCCCUGACUUUGAGGCCAUCGUUAAGGUCGCCCACGACAAGGGGGUGCCCGUGGUUGUCGACAACACCUUCGGUGCUGGUGGUUACUUGGUUAACCCCAUCAAGCACGGCGCCGACAUCGUCGUCCACUCCGCCACCAAGUGGAUUGGCGGCCACGGUACCACCAUCGCCGGGGUCAUUGUCGACUCGGGUAAGUUUGACUGGACCAAGUACCCCGAGAAGUUCCCUCAAUUUUCGCAGCCGUCGGAAGGCUACCACGGGCUCGUGCUCUCGGAAGCGUUGGGUGCCGCCGCCUUCAUCGGCCACGUCCGUAUCGAGUUGUUGCGUGAUCUUGGUCCCGCCCUCAACCCCUUCGGCGCCUUCUUGUUGUUGCAAGGGUUGGAGACGUUGUCGUUGCGCGUUGACCGCCAGUCGUACAACGGGCUCAAGCUCGCCCAGUACUUGGAAAAGCACCCCCGCGUCAAGAGCGUCAACUACCUCGGGUUGCCGUCGCACCCCACCCACCAGCUCGCCCAGAAGUACCUCAACAAUAAGGACAACUACGGUGGUGCCCUCACCUUCUCGGUGAAGGACUUGGACACCCCCACCGAAGACCCCUUCCAAGAAGCUGCCGCCAAGUUUGUUGACAACUUGAAGGUAGCGCUGAACUUGGCCAACGUCGGUGACCUGAAGACGUUGGUUAUCGCUCCCUGGUACACCACUCACCAGCAGUUGACCGACGAGGAAAAGGCGGCGCUGGGGGUCGACAAGGGUAUGAUCAGAGUGUCGGUGGGUACCGAGUUCAUCGACGACAUCAUCGCCGACUUUGAACAGCUGUUUGAGACGGUGUACGGCAAGUAG